AUGGCGAUGCAACAGACCAGGGACCCCACCUCCAAGCUCCCCUCCGCCUCCCCCUUCGCCGGCACCAGCCCUCCCCCAUACUACCACCACCACUACGGCACCUUCUCCCCUCCUGCUCCGCCGCCGCCCGUCGCUGCAGCCGCCUACGACCCCUCCCUGAAAGGACGCAGUGCUCAGGGCGUUGUUGCUUUCCCGUGCACUAUCCAGCAGCAGGUCUUCGUGGAGGGCCUCCCAGUCCUGGAGCCGCGGCUGCCGUUCUGCGGCGUCGGCGUCGGCUGGGCUUUGUUCUUACUAGGGUUCUUCUUGGCUGCAAUUCCCUGGUAUAUUGGUGCUUUUCUUCUAUUCUUUGUUGCUUUGGAUCACCGGGAGAAGCCUGGAUUGAUUGUCUGCACAGUUGCUUUUGUGUCGAAUGGUACAUCUACAAUGGCAUGUCGCAAUAGAAAGUUUGCCUCUCUCGACCUGAAUGUUACACGGAGAGUUGUGCCAAAGAAAUUAGGUCAGUUGAACUGUUGA